UGCUUCUUGUGGAUUGGAGCUGGGAGAGAGAAAACUCUGUUACUCACUCCAACUUUGAGAGGAAGUUACCACCUCUUCCACAGAGUCGCAACACACACGCUCAGGCAGACACACACGCUCUUCAGGACUUGACCACAGCGGCAACAGUGAAACAGUCAGGACUGCUUGUAAUGCUGUGUGUGUGUGUGUGUGUGUGUGUGAGUGUGUGUCUUUUCUUGGAGGGGAAAAAGACCAAGAUUUGCAGUUUUUCCCAAGCUUUCUGUGUGGACUGAACAGCCUCAGAGGGACAUUUUCUCUCAUCCCUAACUGGGUGGCCAAAUGAACUGUUUAGCCUGAGGACCAAAGAUCACAGGCCUUAAUCCAACAGCAAGGGGAGAGGAGAGAGAGAGAGAGAGGAGCGCGAUCAUUUUGCAUCUGUUCUUCAACUUCACAUAACAAUAUGAGCUGGGAUUGAGGACUUGCCUCGUCGUUUCAUUUUGUGGUGUGAAAAAGGUAAGGUUGAGAUCACCAUGGAUGUAAAGAAAAAAGAAAUGGACCUCCUGAGCAACACCAUAGCUGCAUAUGCACACAUCAAAGCAAAUCCAGAGAGCUUCGGUCUUUACUUUGUGCUGGGAGUCUGCUUCGGCCUGGUGCUGACACUCUGCCUCCUGGUAAUCCGCAUCUCUUGUAAGCCACGGACCAGCGUCACUCCCUCCACGCCCGAGAAAAAACACUUAAAGGACAUCAGUGAGGAGGACGAGGAGAGUGAGGACGAUGAAGACGAAGAAGCGGACGAUGUGGAGGCACCGGUCCCUUUGCCCAGCACAGAAAUCCCUGUUGGUAAUCAUACCACCCAGUCAGAUGGGACACUGAGCGUGAACGUAUUUACUUCCGCUGAGGAGCUUGAACGUGCACAGCGGCUGGAGGAGAGGGAACGAAUCAUCCGUGAAAUCUGGAGGAAUGGCCAGCCUGAUAUCCUGGGGACGGGAACGGGGACUAUUGGAAGAGUGCAUUACUACUAAGCUACACGAGGCUACAAGGGAAACACUGAACUCUGUGAUAGAGAAAUGUAGACUUUUGGGUGUGUCCCUGAAGCCUGAGAUCCUGCGUUAGAUAAACAGUGACUUAUGAAACGAUAAAGCAGUGAUGGUGGCACAUUUUAUUUACUUGGCUCUGACAGAGCUGGACAAUGAGACAUUGCACUUCUUAUGUAGCAAUUUCAAACUGACCACAUGAAAUUAAACCAAGAGAUGUCUUAGAGACUGGUUAAUCAUUAUGGAAAAGAUGUGGUAUGAAUCUGGAGCCGAUGGACCCUUGAAAUCCAUCAGUCUGUUAAAAUAUGGUGCUUAAUGGCAGAAAUGAACACAAGGUUUGUGUAUGUAACAACUGAAAAAUGAAAGCAUUAAUUAUCAUAGUGUACUGUUUGUUGCAAUGAUGAUUACUUGUUUGCAGUGAAAACACUUCCCACUGAUGACGUUGUGGGGGAGAUUCAAAACAGCUCGAGAAAUCACCUCAAAGAGUUAAAAGAAAAUUUCAUGCUCAUAUCAAACAGGGGAGUCAGAUACCUAUACACACAAAGUAUCAUGUAAAACAGUUCAAUCUGGUUUCCUUAAUUUAUGAGCACAUUAUAUCCAUGCCUAUGUUUUUUAUGUUUUCAGGGAUAAUUCCACCAAAGGAAAUGGCAGAAUUAAAAUAUUAAGCUGAAAUAACUUACUGUUGUUUCUCUUCAUAAUGGUGAACGAACAUGCAGCAGCCUCUCCGUACCUUUGGGCCAUUAGAUUUACAAUUAAGAUUAAAAAAAUAAAGAAAGAAUAUCUCAUUUUUCCGUUUUGAUUAAUGGCAAGGACAGAGUCUGUUGUUUGUUAAUUCUCGGUGUAUCUUCAUGUGCAUCUCGACAGGCUAAAAGGUUAAAGAAAUACAGUUUUCUAAUAAAUGUCUGGGAACUCCAAAUAAAGUCUUGGGACAGUUUAUGUUUUUACAAGCCUGGUUGAGUCAGACAUUAGGUUCGGUAAGAUGUUCUGAUAACAAACAGGACGAGUCAGACAGAAAUGACCUCAUUGUCUCUAAAAACUUCAAAUUGAAGAAGGACUUAAAGAUAGCAGACAAGUCACCAGCUGUAUCCUAUAUCAAGCGCACCUUUGUGUGAAGGUUGUCUCUAAAUUGUGAACACCUGCUAUCACAACUGCAGCCUGGACUUCCUUUUCUGCAUUUCCUACAAUAACCUGCCAGCUAGAAGUCCAAGUCAUGUUAUUAAAGGUUGGUUUAAUUGUUUCAACAUUCAUAUUUGUUACUUAUUUUCGCUGCUGGUGUCAUUCCCUUCAGUUGUUUGUCACGUCAUGUAUCUGCAGGCCGGAAAUUUUUCUUCACCUGCUGUUAACAACUUGGGAUCUGCUGCCGUCUCUGAAGUGCUUGUUGACAGCAGUUAGCCAUAGACACUUUCUUUCUGAGAACUUGUUGAAAGAAAUCCUUUCUUCCUAGGUGUUAUGGGAUAUGCAAUAUUUUUUCCACAACUUUUAGGCACUAUAAUGCCGAGCAUUUCUGCUUUUUUUGGCAGGCAUCAGGUCCUUCCAUGAAUUUGUGAUCUAAUAUCUACAAAACUGACGACAUUCCCAUCAUCCUCUGUGUUUAGUCAGUGUUAGCAUGCUGAAACGCUAAACUAAGUUGAUAUUCAUAACGAAACAUUGACUUUAGGAUGUUAACUGCUGUUGCUGAGAGCAUGUUGCCUUGCUAGCAUUAUCAUUCAAGCACUGCUCAAGGUAUUACACAAGACAGCUAGUGCGGCUACAGUGUUUUUAAUAUGUCCUUGCCCUUUCUUGACAUCUGCUAACUGCAAAUUCCCCACUCUUAAACUGUUGAUUCUGUGAUGCCGGUUGCUUCUUUCUGUCCUAAUGGCACUAAUAUCUGCUGCUAGUAACUGUGCCUUUAUAAUUCAAACUGCUAAUUUAUAACCCUUGUGCUAUUAAUACUGUAAAUGCAAGCUUCUAAUUUCUGCUUUUAUCAUGCUAAUAUGGUGCUUGCUGCUAAUAUCUGCUCUUCUACUAUGCUAACCACCAAUUUUCCACUCUUAUGCUGUUGAUGCAUUCAAUGCUGAUUUCAAAUUUUUUGCUUUUAUGGUGCUAAUAUGAUGUGCCUGCUGUUAAUAUCUACUUCUUUAUAAUGUUAACUGCUAAUUUUCUGCUCGUAUGAGGCUGACACUGAAAAUGCUGCAUGUCAGUUCCUGCUUUAAUACUGUCUGUAAAAGAUGGAUGUGAGAUUUUGGUCAAAAAAGUGAAGUCCGGAAGUGCCUAAAAUCUGCAUUCCUUCUAAUGGUCAGCAGGAGGUGACUUUUCUGGUUGCAAAAGAAGUCAGAAUGUCUAUGAAGUCCAUGAGAAAAUCACCCUACUUGACCCCUUCAGUGAAUAUUUUCUCAUGAGUUAGUCAGAAACACUUUCCAGUCUUAUUGGAUACAGAAUGCUUGUGAAUUAUGGUCUCAGAGUAUAAUAAAAAUAAAACCAGAGCAUGUUUUAGAGUUCUUGUUUUGUAUCAGAUGACCAAGAUGGCUACAGCCAAAAUCCAAACCUAAGGCCUCAGCCAACAGAUGACACCAUGGUUAUAUCUAUCUCUUACAUAACUACAGCCUAGGUAUGGUGCUUCCUUGCUUCUAAACUUUGCUCCUACUCACUUUCUAUAAUGCAUGCUUCUAAUUUCUCCUCCUAUAUAAUGCUGCUCCCUUUUUCUGCUGAUCUCUGAACCGCAUGUGGAUUUGACUUAAUAGCAAAUAACUGCAAAAAGCUUUGCCGCAGUGGAUUAACCCAGUUUUCUUUCAAUUGUUUGUUGUGUACAUUAUGAUACUUCCAUGCUUUUCACAGUGAAACAUGAUGAUUGUGGCAUUAUGGAAUGAAUCCACAUCGCUGUUUGCUUUGUUCCCGAUUUUCAAGGGCUCCCCAUGACUCACUGCAAACCUGGGUCAGUAGUGGGGUAAUGUCGUAUACUGGGAUGUAAACAUGUCAAUGACCACAGCUCAUUAAUUUAAUUACUUCCCUGCAAUAUUGACUUUACUGGAAACUCAGCAUCAUUUAGUCAGAGGUAGAGAGCAGUUUUCACAUUCUCCUUCCUACCUUUGAGAAAUAUUUAAACUCAAAACAAUGAUAGUUUGGUUUGCUCUUUUCUUUCUUCAGCAUUUUCUUAUACGUUUGUGCUGCUGCUCCUUCUUCCAUGCUCUGUUUUCAUCAUUGGCCAGCUGUAAACCUUCUGUCCAUGCAAAGACAGUCAUCUUCUGCUAGAUUGCAUAUUCUCUAAUUCGUCAAGGAAUGGCCACACAGGAACCAGACACAAAGAAGGUGCUCAGCAGACAGUGUAUGCCCAUCGUUGUCUGUGGUGCCUUUCAGGGUAAUAGCCUGCACAUAGCAGAUUCCACAUAAUGACUAGAGUCAGACUCUCUAAUGUGGUUUUGGGAGGAGUGUGUCAUCAUCGCUCCCAAAACUCUGCUGUUUUGAGCUUGCUUGCAGGAAACAUCAAGGUCACAGAGCUUAGAUGGCCAAUAUCAGCUCUGUAUUCACGUAAUAAAUCUGUUCCACGUAAGUUGGCUGGAUGAAAUCUUGUACGACUGCCAAAAAACACUUACAGAACAUUGAUGAACUGCCCACAUGGGGCGAAUGUUUGUACUGGACAUUUUCACAAGUCAAUCUUCAGAGGUUUGGUGAUUUACAAGAAAUGGAAGUAUGAAUUCUUGGCACAGCAGUGAAGCCAUACAAAUGGGAAAAUGUACUAAACACUCAUCAGUGCCAUGUGUCAACAUUCUUUCUACUGGCCAUCCCGGAGCCAGAAACAGCAAUCUUACGUCCUUGUGCUGUGGGGUCGGUGUAGAAUUGCAUCUCGGUCUUGUUUUGAGAGGGAGGUAGAUGAUGAACUUCUGCUAGUGUCGUCCUCAAAGUACGAACUGUGCUAAAGCAGUGGAAGGGUCUCAGGUUCGCCUUGGGGCCCACUCUGUUUUCAUAUGGCGUCUUCUCUGUUGAGGUCUUGGAAAAGUCUCUGAUGUGGCCAUGGGCUUUCAGAAAUCGGGUGGCGUUGAUGGUGUGGAUUCUUUGAAGUAGCUGUGUAAUUACAUUUGAAUGAACCUCUUAUAAAUGGUGUCUACUUGAAAAUCA